GCAAAUGAGUUUGUAAAAAAAUGUUUUGUUAGAGACUUGUUUUCUCAGUUCAAUUUUAACCGGUAUUAUUUAUUUAUUAUUGGUAAAUUAAUAAUUAUACAAACAUUAAAUGUUUGUAACCGCACGCUCUCAUGGCUCCUGCUGGUCAUUAUUGAGUAAUCCAUGCUUCAUGGAAACUCGUUUUGUUUUUAUAAAAUACAACUAACCACAUCAACAGCAACACUUCCAUAAUGCAUCUGUCACUGUGCUUUUUGCUUUUGGGCUUUUCGUAUUUUCGUUGAUCCCGUUCAGUCGCUGUCGCCGCCUGUGUGGAAGUCGAAGGGUGUCGAAGGCCCGCAGUCUGAAACCAAAACAAAUCGAAGCGAUCAUCAUCAUUCUUGAACCGUACCUCGUUCACAACGGUUGAAUCUGCACUUGCCUGGUGAUCGAUCCAUUUUGCAUUUCCGAUCUGUAAAAUUUGCGUUGUAAGCUAGCUAUUGAUUAAUUUUGUUUUUCAUUGCAAUGAUAGCACAUCGGCAGCUAGUUUCAUAUUUCGAUUCAGAAUUAAUUCGACUGUAUUAAAGAAUUUUGUGAAUUGUAUGACACACAGUGUUUCAGAAGUGCCACUGCAUUAGUUGCUAAACAGAAAGUACCAUUGGUUUAACCGGGAGAACCGUAGUUAAGACGGAUUAAAAUCAAGUGAAGUUUGUGGAAUCAUUCGUCGCGAAGAGUGUACAAUGUUUAGUCCCGAUUAUGAGAAACGAAUCCUGAAGCACUGCAGUCCAGUUGCAAGAAGUUUAUUCAACAGCGGCGAGUCUUCGUCCUCGCUGGAUCGAUUUAUCCCAUGCCGGGCUAACAACAACUGGCAAACCAAUUUUGCAUCACUUAGCAGUAAAUCGAACGAGAACUCACCCCAGUCGAACAAGAAGCAGCGGGACUGUGGUGAAACCGCCCGUGACAGCGUAGCCUACAGUUGCCUGCUCAAGAACGAACUGCUCGGCACCGGAAUCGAGGACGUGAAAUCCGUGACAGAUGAUAAGAUUGGUUUGUUAGCCAACAGUAAUCGGCCCGGAUUGUUCAAGUAUCAGUCCCCGACGAAACAGGAUUACAAUGAGCAAUGCCCAUACUCACUGUCCCCGGUUAGCAUCAAAAGCCAAAAAUUGUUACGAUCGCCGCGAAAAGCCACGCGCAAAAUCUCCAAAAUCCCAUUCAAGGUGUUAGAUGCUCCGGAAUUACAGGACGACUUUUACCUAAAUCUGGUGGACUGGUCGGCGCAGAAUGUGCUGGCAGUGGGACUCGGAAGCUGCGUGUAUUUGUGGAGUGCCUGCACCAGCCAAGUCACCCGACUGUGCGAUUUGAGUUCCGACGCAAACACAGUUACUUCGGUGUCAUGGAGCGAGCGGGGGCACCAGCUUGCGGUUGGCACGCAUCACGGAUACGUCACGGUGUGGGACGUGGCUGCCAGCAAACAGGUUAACAAAUUGCAAGGUCAUUCGGCUCGUGUAGGUGCCCUAGCCUGGAAUGGUGACGUCCUCUCGAGCGGGUCUCGAGAUCGUUUGAUUAUGCAGCGUGACACACGAACUCCGACGCAAGUGUUCGAGCGACGUCUCGUCGGUCAUCGUCAGGAAGUAUGUGGCCUCAAGUGGUCCCCGGAUAAUCAGUAUUUAGCCAGUGGUGGCAACGACAAUCGUCUGUAUGUUUGGAAUCAGCAUUCGUCCAAUCCAGUACAGUCGUACUCGGAGCAUAUGGCCGCGGUAAAAGCUAUCGCAUGGUCGCCUCAUCAUCAUGGACUGCUGGCUAGUGGAGGCGGUACGGCAGAUCGUUGUAUACGCUUUUGGAAUACCCUGACGGGGCAGCCCAUGCAAUGCGUCGAUACGGGAUCACAGGUUUGUAACCUAGCUUGGUCAAAGCAUUCCUCGGAACUAGUAUCCACUCAUGGCUACUCACAAAAUCAAAUCCUCGUGUGGAAGUACCCAUCAUUAACUCAGGUUGCCAAAUUAACGGGGCAUUCCUACCGGGUUCUUUACCUGGCACUUAGUCCGGACGGCGAAGCGAUCGUUACCGGUGCAGGCGAUGAAACGUUACGCUUUUGGAAUGUGUUUAGUAAAGCGCGCAGCCAAAAGGAAAACAAAAGUGUUCUAAAUCUUUUCACCAAUAUUCGAUAAGUAGCGAUUAGUCUGCAGGAGAUAGAAUGAUUGCCUUCGCACUUCGCCAGAUGCUUCCAUGUAUUCUAGUUGAGAUAAGCGACCCCAACCACCGGUAAAACAUAGAUGUAGCAGCCCCAUACUAACUGGUGGCUGUUCGUUCCGCUUGGCUUAUCCUUCCCUGUCUAGGCUAAAUCAUAAACUAUCGUUUCUAGUAAUUUAUUUUCACGCUAGUGUAUAUUUGUGUAAAUUAUAUUUUUCUUGCAGAAGAAAUAGAAAACCAAUUCGUAGUAAAGAUUUAUAUAUUUUGCGCCAAAACGCAUAUAUUUUGCAACUGAGUUUAAAAAGUUUUACAAUUAAGUAGUUCAUAAAUGCCUGUGUGACGGUAUGAAAAUGUGUUAUUUUAUUUGAUAGAGUCUUAUUUGAAUGAAUGAAUAUUUGUUCGAUCGUUGGAAGUUCUCAAACAAACCACUUAUUCUUGUAAUAGAUAUAUCAGAAACAAGGGAAGAGGGCUAAUACGUAGAAAUUUAACCAUAACUUAAAUACGCUGUAUACGCUGUAUGUGUUUGAAUUAACAAUAUUUUGCCAGCCUCAUUAUGCAUAAUACAAAUUUAGCUUCUGUUAAAAGAAUUCGAAAAUUUGUACCCAGAUUACACAGAAGAACUUUAACAAUGUGUCGAGCAAAUAUAAUUCUUAUUUUUGUAAUUAGUUUGUGCUCAAAAUUUUUAAUCACAAUUUAUUUCGAAAAAGUGAUUGUUGUUUCUUGACAUUCAUUGAAAGCUGUUCAAAUAUAGGACAUAAAAAAGAAGUAGGGCGUGGGACAGUAUUUUCGGUAGACUGUUGUGGUAGAUGCAAACAAAUACUGUCUAUUGGUAAUAAACAGUGAUAGCUUUUUCCCCACAAUAUGGAGAACAGAGGGUAGGUACAAAAUAAAAGCUGGCUGAAGAAACUAGCCCCGGAACCCUACGUCGGUCUUAGGUUUUUCCAAAUAUUGACAGAACAGAGAUUUAUCAAUCCCGAUUAAUUUUCCUUGCAAAAAACGCCAAUAUAUCUGCAAAGAUAGAGAAUCAUCAUAACCGCUAUUCUAUAUUUCGAACGGAUUGGUAUUCCGAACGAAAGUUUUUUCGAAUGAAAUUCCCACCAUCAAAAUCAAAUGGGCAAAACAUCUCGUUCGAAACAAGUCGAACGAAAUAAAGAUUCGUUCGAAAUACAGAAUAGGGGUGUAUGUGUAACUUACUCACAAUAUUUAACUACUUCGAUACACCAAUAUCGAUCUAAAUUAAAAAAAAAAGAAAAUCUGGCUCGCAAAUCAGUAAACUAAGAACUCUACAACUUGUCUGUUUAAAUAUCUGAAAAUCGAUCAUAAAUUGUAACGAAGAUGUCUUCUUUUUUAUUCCUACGAAUAAAUGGAAUGGUUUAUCGAGGUAGUUAACAUGUGUGUCUAUUGUCUGUUAUAUUUAAAAUCAUAAGAUAAGCUGCACGUCUGGUUCUUAACGUUCUAAUUAUAAAUAAUAGUUAAAUUAAUAUCAGCAAAAUUGUAUGAGCGAAUGACUGAAAUUCUUAAUGAUAAAUUAACCGAAAAACAGAACGCAUAAACAUUUCCGCGGAGCAUUUGUUUUUCGCAAAAACCGUUGCGGAAUAAUCUAUCUAUUUCCCCAGCUCGGGACGUACAUCGUACUGUAUUAGUCAUAGGUUUAACAUGUAAAUAGUAACUUUUAGUUUUUCAUGUUUUCAUGUAUGUUGAUUUGUACUGACUAAAACGCUGUUUGCAAAUUCUGAUAGUUUUUUUUACUUUUUGUAAAUUUAAAUUGUUUAAUUGUCCGCUUAACCAAGUCAUAAAUACGUUGUCAAUUUGCUCUAAUUAAACUAGUAGUUUACUUAUAGAGGAUCUAUAUUUUGUUUCAAUUGUUGUCAACCUCCGCGCAGCUUCACCAGAAGAUAUAGGUGGGUACCUAUAUCUAGAAAUCACUUGUAAUAGAUCCCGUCAAUAACUCAUAUGUUAUUGAGUUAUAACCAGCAAACAUAGAAAUUUUUUGUACUGACCAUUUUUUCUCAUGCGCAAAUACAAUAUUCGUAUAAUUAUAGAAUAAUAUGCUAAGUGAAUAGAAUAAAAAUA